AUGCCUCGACACAAGAAACAGUCAAAAAAACCUACCAGUUUUCACAAUUUUCCUAAGCUACCUCUCGAGAUUCAGGAUGAGAUUUGGAAGUUCUCCCUCAAGAACGAUGUCCCAGCCGCUCAUAUCGUCGACAUCGAUCAUGAAAACACGCCUAGACCCAGACAACAUCCAGCUGUGCUUCGUAUGCAGCGCCUGAUUGCAAUGGAUUGCAGUAGCCGCAUGAAGCCUGUAUACCCUGCCCGCGAAGCCUUGGUGCAGACCUGCCAACAUUCGCGACUAAUCGUGGAGAAGAUAAUCAAGCAGUGGGAACUCUAUUGCCACCCAACCGCACAGUCAUGGGAUUACCCCGGUCAUUAUACAUAUCACGGCUUUCAUUCAAAGACAAAAUUGAUAAUGGCAAUGCCGCUACAGAAGGUUUAUACCUCUCGUGACCUCUUUAUCAUUGCCGAUCCAUGGGUUGGAGGUGAAUUGUUGUUCAAUUUGAACCGCCCUUCCAAAAGCAUAUCGGUCAAGUACGCUGCUAUCCCUUACUUGUCGAGCGAUGAGAGCUGGGAAUGGGCCAUGUCACAGGGUUGCAGAGAUAUGAUGGACCAGAUAUUCCGCGUUUUCGACCACCUUCAAAUUCUAUACAUCCUCAUUCACCCGAAUGAAAUCCGCAAAGGAGAGCGAUUUGAAGUCUUGAGUCUCUUGCCGGCGAUGAAACAACAUCUCAACCGAUACAAAAGAAGCCGGGGGGAAACUUCGCCCACCACAUUCCAGCACGGUGAUCGGGUCUACCGUGAAAUCUCGGACGUGCUGCUGUUAAAGCUGAGCAAACUUGGUGGUUUGCCCAGAGCAGUCACCAUGUUGGAACAGAUCGCAAAGGAACAAAGAGCGAAGAAUGGUGGAGACAAACCACCUCUGAUCAUUCGGUUUAUGACUUGGUAG